UCCCUCCUUCUUGCGGCAGUUCCUUUCCUGACAUCGUACUGCUCGAAUAGGCAUACCAAGCCUUGUGAAGCGGCGGUAGCUGGUAAACGGAGAGUGUGUCUGACAGUGAACAAGAGUGAGCGUGAAAGAGAGCGAAAAGAUGGCGGCGGCAGCAGCGGCUCAAAUCCCUCAGCAACCUGCGGGGGUAGCAGCUACAGGAGGCUCGGCGGCGGUCGGCAAGACGGGUGUGGAAUCGGUGAAGGGGCAGGUGUUCGACGUGGGGCCCCGCUACACGGACCUGCAAUACAUCGGGGAGGGGGCCUACGGCAUGGUGUGCUCUGCCUAUGACCAUGUCAACAAGAUCAGGGUUGCUAUCAAGAAGAUCAGUCCCUUUGAACACCAGACAUACUGCCAGCGUACAUUACGAGAAAUUAAAAUUCUGCUGCGUUUCAAACAUGAAAACAUUAUUGGUAUUAAUGAUAUCUUGCGUGCCUCUACCAUUGAAUAUAUGAGAGAUGUCUAUAUUGUGCAGGACCUCAUGGAAACUGACCUGUACAAACUGUUAAAGACUCAACAGCUGAGCAAUGAUCACAUUUGCUACUUCCUCUACCAGAUCCUGCGAGGCCUAAAGUAUAUCCAUUCUGCCAAUGUGCUGCACCGGGACCUGAAACCAUCCAAUUUACUCAUUAACACCACGUGUGAUCUCAAGAUCUGUGACUUUGGCUUGGCACGUAUCGCAGACCCAGAGCAUGAUCACACUGGCUUUUUAACAGAAUAUGUUGCUACUCGAUGGUACAGAGCCCCAGAAAUCAUGCUGAACUCUAAGGGCUAUACAAAAUCGAUUGACAUCUGGUCUGUAGGAUGCAUUCUGGCAGAGAUGCUUUCCAAUCGUCCAAUCUUCCCUGGCAAGCAUUAUUUGGAUCAGUUGAACCAUAUACUGGGCAUUCUCGGGUCACCAUCACAAGAUGAUCUUAACUGUAUUAUUAACAUGAAGGCUAGGAACUACCUGCAGUCCCUUCCACAGAAAACAAAGGUUCCCUGGAACAGGCUGUUCCCCAAAGCUGAUGCUAAAGCACUGGACCUCUUAGAUAAGAUGCUGACUUUUAAUCCCAACAAGCGGAUUACUGUAGAGGAAGCUUUGGCACACCCCUACCUCGAGCAGUACUAUGACCCCAGUGAUGAGCCCGUGGCAGAGGAACCCUUCACAUUUGAUAUGGAACUGGAUGACCUUCCAAAGGAGAAACUGAAAGAGCUGAUAUUUGAGGAGACUGCACGAUUCCAGCCUGGAUAUCAGGGCCCUUGACUUUAUGCAGCAUUUUAUUGGGCCCAGUCCUGAUUGUGAAGUGUCCCUGAAGCUUUGAUUCUGGAUAUGUCUGCCAACUUUCUCUUGAAAAGAACAGUUAAGCCAAUCUUCUGCUUGCCGGACAACAACAAAUUUCAGAUACUGAAAAAAAAAAACACGCAAAGCUGAAAUAAAGGAAAAAUCGCUCUUCCCGGGCACGGAAAAACAAAGUGAAUGUGUCGGAGUGUGGAGACGAGGAUUAUCCUCCUGUGAACAGCUCGGUAUCAUUGUAACAAAAUCUUCUGAUCAUCCCAAGUCCCUCCCUUACCAUUCAUCUGUCCAGUCUCUGCUAUCCAUAUAAUGUGACUUCAUGCUCUCUUACUCCGUGGCCGAAAAUUUACUUCUACACACCACCCUCAGAAAUAUGUAAUAAAUGCAAAAUAAAAGGCCAGUUCUUUCUCUUUUAAUUUUUGUUUUAUAUUUUUGGCACUUUGGUUUAAACAAGAGGAAUAAAAGGGGAAAUGGAAAGAAAAAGUGCAGAUUUGUUUCACCAAGACUUUUGUUAUAUUUUAUUUGUGUUAACUUUGGGGUGCAGGGUUCUAUCAGAAAUUUUGGUCUGUGAUUUUUAGCCUUCCCUCCUGUGGUGCACCGUGAUCCUACAGUGUUGUUCUGUCUUUGUAUUUUUGCAGAGAGGGAGGGAAGCAAGUUCAGUGAUGGCUGUAUGUGUAAUGCCUGUGUAUUGAAUUUUUGGCUUUAAGUAUAAGGCUACUGUAUCUGUGAUUCACUUUAUUUUAAGACUGAGUAGGAAAGUGAUGAGACUUUUUUUAAUAUGAACUUACAGCAGAACGUACUCUAGAGAUUAUUUCACACACACCCCUUUGUUUUGGUUUACCACAGAGAAAGAAAAGUGGAAACAUUAGCUUUGUUCUGCCGCAGUCACAGACCUUUAUCUCCAUAUUUGUCUUUUUUUUUUUUCCAGUACUGGGUGGGUCAUUUUGUUAUGGUUGUUACUGCUUUUGCUUAAUAAGCUAUCUGCUGAAUCUUGUGCUUUUUUUUUUUUUCCCCCAGAGAGAGGCGAACACAUGGAAUAACUGCUCGGACAGCCUUUUUCUUUGAAGUAGUCUGGCUCCUUUGGAGCUGUACUGACUGAACUAGGAAACAGCUAUGCUGUUACCUCUCCUUUUUUCUUGUUAAGUUCUUCUCCAGAGAACGCAGGUUGUGGCUCUUUACACAAGGAAAGAUGGUGGUAAAGGAACACUUUACCAAGCUUUAAAAUAAAUUAGAUUCAAAAAUAUGUUCUUGUUGAAUCUGGGCAGUUUAAUUUCUUCCCGCACUGUAUCUGAACAGCAGUACUUUUAAUACUGCAAAGAUUUGUAAUAAAGUAAAAGUCUUUCUUUUUAAAAUACUGUAGGCAGUAUGUUUUCAGUGUGCUGCUUGUCCAUGUGAAGAUAAUUUGCAUGUACUAUUGAGCACUAGCUUGUCAGUAAACAUACUUGAUUCGAUUAUCUUGGGUAUGCAGGUGGUCAUGCCUCUUAUAACAUGCUGCUAAGAAUUUAAACCAUGCAUUUUAAUUGUGCAAGAUAGACAAGCUGCUGGAAAGCAUCUUGGAUUGGUAGGAGACCUAGCUGUCAUCUAUGAAAUCAUUGGUGCAAAUGGCAAUAGUGUGUGCCUUUGAGCCUCUCACAACCUCCCAUUGUGUUUUCAUUACAGAUGGAAAAUAGUCCCUGUGAUUACAGUUUUUUGUGUCCCUGCCUGAGUUUCCUUUAAUGUGGAAAUUGCUGAGAGAAUUUUGUGGAGAGGAAUGGAAGCAUGUUUCGUGGCUUAGUUAAAAGUAUUAUAGCACUUUAUUUCUAAUCGUGAAGCCUUGGACUAAUAAGGAGCUACAUUAGUUAAGCAUGGUUUAUUCUUUAGCUGAUGGAAGUGAGACUUAAGGAUGGUUCCACUGUUAAGCUUUCAUUAUAUGGCUGUGAAUGUACUUUGUGUAGUCUUGUGCAGUUGCGCAACACCCAGGUGUGUGGCCAAAUCAUUCAUUCUUUGAACAUGGUCACUACAUUUGGGGCAUUGCCCUUGCCCUUGAGGUGCUGAGAUCUCUUAGUAAUGGGUGUGGGGGGCCUGCCGCCCCCAUCACAUUGAGGAAUGUAUUUAAUUGACUUUAUUUGAAAACUGUAUCAGACUUUUUUUUUUUUAUCUUUGACAUUGUUUUUGAUGAACUGGCUUUUAGUCAUUUCCUUGGAAGCUUGGUUCAAAAGUAGCAUUUCAUUGUGCUUCUCUAGCCCAUACCUAAGAAAUUCCAUUCUUUUUACUUUUUUUUCUAAUACCCUUGUCCUUAGAUUUUGGAAACUAUCUAACCAGUAUAUUAAUCUUUUCACUGGAUUUUCAUAACUGAAGGACUGAUACAAAAAAUGCUAGAAUUCAGCUGGCUAUGACAGAGCUGUUGCUGCGUGUGGCUUCUUUGGGCCAAACCAGUGAGUGUGCAUAAAAUCACAAGUGAGAAUAUGCCCAGUUUCUGAAACUUUACCCAGCUUCUUGUGUGUUUACAGGAUAGUAAUAAGAUGGUCUGUCUGCUAUCAGAUGCAAGGAAAGCUGUCUGUAGCUGUAGACUAGAAUCUCAUUAUAGAAGUACUUGGUCAUUAACAAACAUGAUGAUUUAGGGGUCAUUUUUUCAGCAUUUCAUGUGUAAGCACUGUGUAGUUAUGGAAUUUCAUUGUUCAGCUCAAACUUGUAGCUUAAUAAAAUGAGUCAGUUUUUAGUAAGUUUUCUUCAUGCCUUAUGAUUUUUUUGCAGCUUGGAAUACAUUUUUUUAUCAGGGUUGUGAGUGGACGUUGCUGGUAUUGGCUGCCAUGUUUUAAAAGUUAAUGACUAUCAGGACAUCUGCCUGAGAAUUAUAUUAUGAACUUUAACGUGAUGCCUGUGUGACACUGAGCAGUGCAGUUAACCAAGCACUGCUCCUGGGCUUUGUCUGAGAAAGAUCUAUGGAGAUCAGUGCUGUACCCUGGAAACAAAUGCAAAUAAAUUGCUGCUAAAGUGCUGGUUUGGCUGCUUGAGUAAGUAAAACAGCUGUGUAUGUACAAAUUCGCUCCCACUCAGUACUGUUGAUUUGUCUUACCUUGACCCGUUUGCCUCUGAGGGCAUCUGAUCAGCUUUCCCACAUCGAAGCUGUAGCAGUUGUCGUGUCUGUGUUUGAAGGACCUUUUCUUGCUAAUACAAGCCUCUGAGGAGUGCAUGCCCAUUUUGUAAAGAUACUGAAAAUAUUUAACUAGUGGUCAUGGUCAGACAUUUCAAAACAUCCCUUGUAAGUCUACAUGUUGCAUAUGUAUAACUGGGCAAUGUGCUGCAUGUCACCACCCACCUGCACAUUUGUGAGUUUGAAGGCCAAGAACAUUGCUGCUGCAGUGGUUCCCCAAAAGCAGACCAUCUCCUACAUGUCCUUUACAGUUAACCACCAUGAGGGUUGUUGUAUACCAGGAGUUUACUGACUUCUUUAGUUUGAGAACCAGGUUCAUGGCCUUGGAUUUUGAUCUUGAUCUGUUCGUGCCAAGGGUGAACUGGCCUUGUGUGCCCUUGCCUGUAUAAGUAGAAACUGAACAAAAUCAUGCGUCCUUCCACAUUUUACCACCACAGACAAUUGCUGAGGAUGAUUUUAUAGAAGACUUUUAAUUGGUAUACCGCUUUCUGCAAAUUGUACCCAAACGUUUUCACAUUAUGUGAGUAUGUAGUGAUUUUUGCCACACUUUGUACCCUUUGCAUUGCAAGUAUUACAUGCAAGCAGUUUUUGAGAUGCUUGCUUUCAUGUAAUGUAGUUUUUUAGCCCAUUUUUCUUGCUUGUUAACUUCUACUUGUAGCACUUGAUAUCAGUUUGUGCCUAUUCCUCUCCAUUUGGUUAUCUUAUUAAAUAAGGUGCCCAUUCUUCAGAGGUAAAUGACCUUUCAGUAGCCAAAAUCAGUGUAUGGUCGUGCUGGGGUUGGGGAGAGCCUGGCAGCCAUCACAUUAGGUCUUUAUCUUUCUCUAGAUUAUGGUACUGUUGAGCAUCUGCUGUGCCCAUGUGUACUAUUGUUUGCACUAUGACACUGGUCAUAAUCACUUUUUUGUACUGGCCACUGCAGGUGUACUGCCAGGUGCCCUUAAACUCACCCCUCUGAGAAGAAGAGCUAGCUUUUGACAUCUCUGUCCUUAUACCCCUCCCCUGAUUUAGCUUUUUUUCAUUAUUGUUCCAUUAGUUGAUAUUUUUACAAGUAGCUGCUCUUCUUGCAUCAUCAGAGUGCUAACAGUUUGCUGCUUUCUAUAAGCCAUGGUCCGUGCUUGCAUGACCAGCAGGGCCCAAACUAGCUUUACGCAUACCAAGUGCUGCCUUAUUUGUCCUCUACUUUGGUCCCGCUGCACUUGUGUAAAGAUCACUGCACAGCCUGUGCUGUCUGCUGUACGUAGCUUCCUUUAGGGCAAGGCACAACUCUGUCAAGUACAUGAGGAGUUCUUGUACCUUGAAGAAGGAAGUCUUGAUUUACUACAGCUCAGAAUUUGUGUUAGAUUGAAGUGCCAUGCUACCCAAAGGGGAAAAAAGGACAGCAUUUUUGUUUGAAAUUGUGAUGCUGGAAGAAAUUCAUGUGUAAAGCAGGAGGUCACUGGGUUCCCAUUUAAACAGUGACACUCUUCCAAAAAGUGACAGUUUGUUAAUGUCAUUUUAAAGCUGAGGGGUAUCUUCUAUGUAGUAGAUACAGUGUUGGUAAAGAAAAAUGGCUUUAAGUUAACUGCUGGAUAAAUGCCAGGCUUUAUUACAACUUGAUAAUUUAUUUUAGGUUGACGUUUGAGUCUGUUUACCAAUGCAUGCCUUGCUCCCCAACUACUCUUGUAUUUCCAUGCAGUUAUACCCUUGUGCAGGUUGUUAGUUUAUCAAAACUUCAGGCAUCACUAAACAUUCAACUUAAGUUGUGUGGGCAUGUUCUUGCAUAUACUUCUCACACCCCAGCUGUGAAAUAUACAUGAUUUAAGCUCAAGUAGUGCUUAAAGUGCCACGUUGGCUUGUCAGACUAUUUCUUUUCAUCUCUUGUUGCACAAGUACUGUAUACAGGACUCUCCUGACAUGUACAUAUAUGUUAAGUCAGUCAGUAGCCAUCCUUGUUAAGCAUGCCACAGUGUGUGAAAAAAAUGCCCCCAUUGUAUUCUGAAUUUCUAGUAGUUUGCUAUGAUUAGGCUCCCCCUUUUUAUUUGAUGGGAAAGUUUCUGACACCGGUAACUAUUCGGUGAAAUCUGGAUGAUAGGUAUUUUCUGAGAUGGGCAGACAUGAUUUGUGACUGUUCAGUGAAGUUUGGCUGUGUCAUCACAUUCUCUGUAUGUGCCAAGUACUGUCAAAGUAUAUCAGAUAGUGACUUUUCUCAAGAGUCUGUGCCCCUUAUUUUAGAAGUGAUAUAAGCAUAGCAUUUUGCCAGUCAUUUCUGCCACUUCACAUUUGUUUAAAUGCUGUUGUGUACUUCAAGGUACUGUGAGUGCUAGCCUUCCCCUGGAUGUUACUGACAGCAUUGUGUGUUGUGUAAAUCCUAAACAAUCUGUUUCUUGCUAUCAGUAAUUAUAUUUGCCCCUGAGUUGCAGUGUACAUGACAGUAUUCUAUGCUGCUUGCCUCAUUUCUGGAUGAGAAAGGAUGUGAACAAUUCACAAUGUAAUCUUCAUAAAGUUUUUAUGAAUAACAAAUCUUAUUUAAUCUUGGUAAAAUGAGUAUGAUUAACAUAUCUGGAAAAUGCAUGUGGUGUACACCUCAUUCAGUGAAGUUUACCAGUCUGGUUAAACCUUGGGGGUAGGGGGCAGUACAUUUAGUAUCAUGUAAGAGGAUAUUUUCUGGCAUUUAAAAAUUGCCUCUCUGAACUAGCAUUAUGGUGUUACUUACUUUUAUUAAAUCUAAACUUGUGUCUUUAAACUCCAUUUUCUUUUGGUAUCUUUUUAAAGCUUGGCAGCUUUUUGCAUAUGAAUGCUUAGCAUUGCUCCCCCCCCCCCCACUGCCCUUUGGUACCUUGCUGAAUUUCAUGACACCUUGGAGGUAGUUAUGAUUAGCUCUUCUGAAAAGUUUUCAUUAUACAGCGCAUGCCAUGUUCACAUCUGGCACUGGAAACUGCACUACUUAGUAAAGGAACAACAGUGGUUCAUCAACACUGGCACCUUGUCAACAGAUAGUAAUUCCAUCCCUGAGUCUAAUAACAUAAUUCUAGUCCUGUGGAGGUGGGAGGCAUCUUGAGCCAUUUAAGUAGAAAAAGCCACAUUUGCCUAGUUCUUUCAGUUUUGUUUUUCUUUUGAUUGUGCUACUGGAAAUAAAUGUUUCCACCCCCUCCCAAAAAAAAAAAAAAAAAAACGCAAUUUCCAGUGCAUUGUUCCUUCCAUCCUUUCUCAUAGUGAGUGGAAAAAGUCUCAAGACUUUUCAGCGGUAUGCAGCUUUUUUAAUGCUCAUUUUAUAAAGAUAAAUACAUGUUCUGCGGAACUGCUGAAACAUUUCUAAAAUGCUGCUUAUGGGAUGUUUCCCUCUUGUGAUCAGCAAGACUUUUUUUUCAUUGUUGAGUAAAGAUUAAAUGCUUCUUUGUCUAUACAUAUCUAUGUAUUUAAUAAAAAGAUUUACUUCUGUUCUGUAAUGUUUAUGGUAAUCAAGACGGUUGUGGGGAUUUAAUGAAAUAUAUAUAAAUAUAUAUAUAUAUAUAUCCUAAAUGUUUGUCUGUUUUUAAAACAAAUGAAAAGGGAUCCUUUUACUAAGGUAUAUGUAAAUAGAUGCCCGAAACAAAUGGUUAUAUACCUUAUUGCCACAGUAUGCGAGAAGCACUCCUUCUACUUCAUAAUUUCUCAUCUUUUGACCUCUCAUUGUUAGGUGCAUGUCUAGUAAGCCUUACCCAUUUUGGCUGCACUAAUCACAUCAUACUUGACUGUGCCCUAUUUCACCCCUUCCUGAGAUGCACAGUAUGCAUCAUUUGAGUGACUUUGGGAGUGUGUGUUACAGUAGCUGCAUGCUCUGCUGGUCAGCACUGUCACUGUUGAAUAGAUUAAAAAAAGUAAGUGACACUUCCAGCAGAAGGGUUAGCAUGUCUAACCUUUUUGCAUUUGUACAUUCAUUCUUUAUGAAUACAUAAAGAGCGUGUGGAAACUACUAGCAACAUAUCUGUAUGUACUUUGUGAAAAUGUGAGAUAAUGUGAAUGAGGCUAAAGCUGAUUGCCCUAGACUUUUCUGACAAAAUGUCAUUGCCCUACUUGAGGCAUUCUGAGAUGACAUUGAAUCUUGUACCAUUUUUGACCAUAGGUUUUAAUUAUACAAGUAAGGUUAAGAAAGUUAAUAUUAUGGGGGGGGGGGUAAUCUGGAAUUAGUUUUGUUUUCUUGACACUUGCUUCCUUCGCUGUGCUAGAUCUGUGACAUUUCCUUCCUGUUGUAGAGUUCACACUUCAGUUUUUAAUUUCUGCAUUCUGUGACUAGUAGAUGGUGGUGGUAGGAUAAAAGAAACCUUUCUGCCUGCAGCAAGAACUGUAAUAACGUUUUAAAAAAGGGAGCCCAUUAUGCACUUUUUUUUGCACUUGUAAAAAUAGAUUGUGAAACUUUCUUUUCCUAACCCAUGGUUACGGUGUGUGUUUCUUGUUGUUUAAGAAGAGUCAUGAGUUGUCAUUAAUAACAGGGUGUUAUCCACAGCUUCGCCAUUGCCUUAGCACCAAAUCAUCAGGGCUUAGGCCAUCCAUUCACACCGUCGCACACAAACCUUUCUGCUGAGUUAUUACCCAUCCCAUCAUCUCCAAAUGUGAACCAGCAGGAGGGGCUGUACUGCAUCUCUUUGCAAGACUCGUUACAUAGUCAGUGGAGCGCGUGCGCACACCCUUUGACAGUAGAAUACAUAUGAAUCCCUGAGAAGCACAUCUUGGUAUGGACUUGCCAAAUGUUCAUGGUUAACUCUUAAACGGUUACUUUUAGACAGCAGGAGCCCCCACCCCCCCACCAUACACGCACCUUAGUAAUGAACCAUCUGAAUAAUCUCACACAUGCACAUAAUUUAUGUAAAAUUAAUUUGUGAAAGGGCACUAUAGAGAAAUGGUUUUGCUGUUGUCACUUAAACAUUAAAGCACUCUUGUAUCUUGAUAAGUGCUAUGGUAAGCUCUCCAGCCUUCCAUAAGAAAGGUUUUUUUUUGUGGCUCCCACUGCCUUGUCUCAUCAGUGGCCAUUACGUUAAUUCAUUCCAACAUCACCAUGGCAAGGGUCAACCAAGAGAACCAUCAUUCAGACAGCCAUCAGGGGUGGUUUGAGAUUUUUUUCUAUCCCCAUAUACCAUCUUUGCAAACUGCUGUGAAGGAAAGUACAGUGGUUUGGCCACAAAGGACAUCCUCUUAUCUCAUCAAGGAGUUUUCCCUUCAAGAAGCCCUGUUCCUUCCCAUAAAGCACAGGAAGUGGUUUCUCUAUUAUCCACCAGGGAAGUCUCAUGUACCCAUUGUGCCUUCAAAUACAUGCUACCCUCACCACCGUACUCCACCCCAGGAGUGGCUUGCAGUCCACAUCCCAUUAUUGGUCCACCUCCCUACUUGGCUCCUACAGUGUUGUGGACACUAGUUGAACUCCGGUCACCUGGGUUAGAGUAAUAUUGCCACUCUUCUGUGCCACAGAGACUGGUUGCAAGAAAGUUGUUCUGAUCAGUUUCCCUUUUAAGGUUGCCCUCUAGUAGGUUAUCAACAUUAACACCUGCUCAUUUAUUUCAUCAACUGCUGGCUGCCCCAUAUAGCCUUGCAUUGUAUUCAUUAUUAAUCCAUCACAUGUGUAUAUUGCCAGAAAGACUGUGUGUUAAGUCAGGAAAGAAGCUUUGCCUUUGCUGAGGGGUAAGAAGCAUUUGCUUUCAACAAGUAUUGAUGUAGGAUUAAGUGCUGUAUAUUGGGCCAUUUCAGGUAGUUCAGUUCCUGUGAAGUUGGUAUAAUUUCUCUCUAAAGUAAGUAGUAUUGAAUUGGUUUUAUAUCGUCCAUGUUUUUCCUUUAUGCAAACCAAGGUAUGAAACUGUAAAAGUUUGCUGCUCUGCCUUUUCUGAAGCUGCUGGAAUGUAUGUGAUGUGUUUAGUGUUGGAAGUGCUCAUACAUGGUUGGCUGGUGUCUAGAAAGGAUUGUACCUGUUCCUCUGCUCUGACAUACUGAGCCUGCUGAAUUGUACAUCUGGGCCUGGAAACCCAUGGUAAUCGGAGUAGAAAGUUGUGAUAUGAACAGGUUGGUUUUUCACACCAAGUCUGAGGUGCAUCCUCCCGUAAAGUGGUAUAAAAGAAGCGCAUCAUUUUAUUUCAUUGUAAAUGGAAACUCUGUUCUCAGUACAGUUCUUGGUUGGAGGAGAAGCAUGGAUGUAGGUGAUGUACUGUAAAAAAAACUACUGUCUUGGUAGUCAUGAGUCAGGAGUGUUCUUGGAGCCUGUUCUAACUUGGUAAAGUAGCAGCCUGUAAUGUAUUUUAUUAGAAGAAGCCAAGUUUGAUUGUGAAAAGUACAUGCAGCAGUCUUGUCAGAAGUAUUUUAAUGGGUUUUCUAUUUCAAUUAUACAAGUAUGGUAACAAAAUUUGCUUUAAAAGCUGUUUAGGAAUGGCUUUUUAAGUCCUGUAUGCCUGUAUGUAGGGGCGGUAAACCUAAAUUAACUAAUUUUCCCCCGAAAAGGAAGACUGUACUGGAAACACUGUAGACCAACAAGUAUGACUGUUUUAAUUAUAAUCUGAGACUUCAUAUAGCCACCACCUCCCACAGUAGCUUGGCAUGCAUUCAUUUCUUUUCUUAAGUCAGCAACAGCAGCAAAAAAUAUAUAUGUAUAAAAAUAAAGCCAAAACUGAUUUUUGUUUUGUUACUUGGUUUGUAGAAUGGAUUUUUUAUUCUUUAAAAUGUUACUUUGAAAAAGGUUUUGAAGUGUAAUGUGUUUCAAGGUAUACUUUUAAAACAACAAAACUGUUUUUAAGUUGUAACUGUACAGUCUAAUAAACCAUUCCUGAUAACAUUG